CAAUUUCAGAUUAAAACUACAUUUCCCAAGACUCGUUUCCCCCUUUCAUAGGAAUUACAUUUGUUGAGCAGUGGUGUAACACGGACACAUUUACAGUGGCACAAGAGCGGGUGGCAGUCAGCUCUAAUAUUAUUGUCCCUGAUCUGAAAUCAGCCACAAGAGGGAACUGUUUACCUUCUGUUUUCUCUAUUCCAAUCUCUGAUGCACAGAAUCUGGUAUCGAUGACUUCAUGAGCUAGAUCCAGUUUUCCACUCGUUAAAGCUGAUCACACUGAGCACUGCCAUGGCGGAUGGUGUGGACCUGAGCCGAAAGUUUGUUUCAGAAUCAGAGAUAGAGGAGAGGAGAAAAAAACGACAAGAGGAAUGGGAGAAAGUUCGCAAGCCUGAUGAUCCUGAAGAGGUCCCUGAGGAAGAGUAUGACCCUCGAUCCCUGUUCGAGAGGCUACAAGAGCAGAAGGACAAGAAGCAGGAGGAAUAUGAGGAACAAUUCAAAUUCAAGAACAUGGUAAAAGGCUUGGAUGAGGACGAGGCCCACUUUCUGGAUGAAGUGUCGCGGCAACAGUGUCUUGUAGAGAAGCAGAGGAGAGACGAGGAGAAACAGGAGCUUCAGGAAUAUAGGAGUGCUUUGAAGAAACUGGUGUCCAGUGAGAGUCAAAAGAAGGAGCCAGAGAAAAAGGCUGCACCUAAACCACCAGAGCAGAAGACGAGCCAUCUGUCUCAGGCGCACCUACUGGCUGGUGCAGUCAAGCGCCGCAGUUCCUCUCAGUCAUCAGAGAGCAGUAAGAAGCAGAAGGUGGAGGAGACGACGACAGCAGCAGCAGCAGAAACAACCGGCAACGGCAGUCAGACAGAACAGGAAACAGGGGAGCAGAAACCGGUGCCCAGGGCAGGAGUAACACGAGGGGGCAUGCUCCACCGACCCUCUGCAGCCAUGUGUGUGGGCAUCCUGCCAGGGCUCGGGGCCUACUCGGGCAGCAGCGACUCGGAGUCGAGCAGUGACAGCGAAGGUAGCGUGGAAGGAACCACCUCUCCCAUAAAGUGUCACAGACUCUUCAGAUAGACACACUGACGAGCCACACGGUCAUCCAAUUUUAAUUCUCCCUUAUUACCACUUGGCUCCUCCCCUGUUUUUGCCGUUUUAGCUGGUUGGAUCACAGUUGCUUGAUCUCUUAUGACACUAUAAGCUCAGUAAUUUGCCGUGUCUCAGUUCUGAAAUCUGCAGUUGUGGAUGUGCACAUUUUGCUUUUAAUAAGUCUUUUUCUUUAUAUGGCUUAAUACUAAUUAAAGGCUGCUUUAACAGUAAUUGGCACUGUGGUCAUUGAUGUGUUGUGCAUUGAAAUGUGACUCCUCCCCCAUCAUCCCCGUAUUACAUUCUAUACAGUUUAAAUCCCUGCACCUAAACCUGACGACGACACCCUACGCGCCUCCGUGGCUUCUACCGUGCUGCUGACCCAGGGGACGACGACUGACGUCUGUGGAUCGAAGAGAAGGCUGCUUUAUGUCACUUAAUCAGAUAUCUUCAGUACCACCAUAUGAGAGAAGCAGACUGUUAUGAGCAGUGCUGGUUGGAAGAUGUGGAAAAAAUGUCUUCCAGAAGGUUGUCUUUUUUUUUUUUAAAUGCUGCAGUGCUAAAAAUGCUGGAUAUUUUAUGAACUGUUCCCUAUAAGGAUAUGAAUGUGUGUGAAAGCUGGAUGGGACAUUAAAGCCAAAGGGAAAAAAAAAUAAAAGCUC